CAAUUUAAAGCAGCUGUACGACGUGCCUAUCAAAGAGGCCUGAAAAAAGGCACAGCUUCAGAAAAAAAAACAGCGGAAAGAAUUGCUCUGCAGGCUACGUCGGUUAUAGGAAAUACUUCGCCGGCCUUAUUACAAUAUGCAGCAGCGCCACCUCCUAUAGAGAAUAUUCAGGCUCGAGAGUGCAUUUAUGUACAAAAUCCUCCACUAGUGGCGCUACAAUAUUCCACGCCUGCCAUAGGAUAUGCGUCUGCUGUAGGACGUAGGCCUCUAUCUGCUACGUCACAAUUUGCAGCCGCACCUGCUAUAGGAUAUAUGUCUGCUGCAGGAUGUACACCUCUGCCUGCCACGCCACAAUAUGCAACCGUGCCUGCUAUAGGAUAUACGCCUCCGCCUGCCACGCCACAAUAUGCAGCCGUACCUGCUAUAGGAUAUACGCCUCCGCCUGUCACACCACAAUAUACGGCCGCGCCACUUGUUCCACAGUAUAUUCCUAACCACACUUCGAUUCAAGACUAUCCUCCUCCACCAGCCACACCACAGUACGCAGUACGCCUGCUCUAA